AUUCUAAUUUAAAUCGUCUAAACUUAGAUCGGUGAUUGCUAUUUUUAUAGCAGAUGGUAGCCACAAGAUGAUUUUCGACCAACAAUAUUUGCAAUUGUGCAGCGAAAAAACUCUGCAGUCGAACAAAGAUGGUUUUUUCUUGCAGUUUGCGGAAGCAGUGGCCGAGAAUGUGGGCGAACAAUGGGUUAAGAAGUUCGGGAAGCUGAAGACGGAUAAGGAGAGGAUUAGGCGGAUAUAUGAGGAUGAUACGAUUAAACACUACGUUACUGAAUUUUUAACAAACGUGCAAGAGUUCUAUCGAAAGAAAUGCCCGCAAACGUCGAAAAAAAGGUUCCUGGAAGGUGAAGCGGCGGUCAGAAAUGGGGACAAAAAGAAAGGUUUGAGUCUCUACAGUCAAGGUAUCUUAAAAGCUCCACACACAGAUCCCACCUUAAGCUUAAUUUUUUUAUCUCGCGCUAAACUCCUCAUCACCCUCGACGACUACGCAAUCGCUCUGUCGGACCUCCAGCUCUCCCUCAACCACAAACCCCCUUCCAACGUCAAAUUCGAAAUCUUCUGGAUGAUGGCAAUCUGCUACAAAGCCCUCAACGACGAAACCAAAGCCCGAAUCUCGCUGAACGUAGCCGAAAAGUUAACCAGCGACCCCAAACUCCUAUCCCAAUUGAGUGACAGCAUGCAAGGCAAGUACGAGCCAAUCAAACCACCCGAAUUAGUACUUCCACCAAUCAGUGGAGAGCGCCACCCUCAUUUACCCCACGCAUCAAAAAAACUAACCGUGAAAAACACCCAAGAACUGGGACGGUACGUCAUCACCAACGAAAAAAUCAAUUGUGGAGAAACCCUGGUUGUGGAAGAGCCACUAGUGGCUUGUCUUUUUCCGGAAAAGUUCGGGACGCAUUGCCACCACUGCUUUGACAGGUUUUUGGCGCCCGUAGGUUGCCCGGAUUGCGCCAGCGUGGCUUUUUGUGGCCCAAAAUGUCGGAACGAAGCAAUUUCGACGUACCAUAAGUACGAGUGUAAGUUUUUGGAUUUGUUGAUUGGGUCCGGGAUGAGCGUGUUGUCACUCGCCGCCUUGAGAACUAUGACACAAAAAAGUGUAGAUGACGUUCAUAGAAACAAGGAAGGGUGGUAUGCGCUUUGUACCAAUGGGAGUAAACGAAGUGGUGCUGAUUUUCUCCAGAGGACUUUAAUGGCAGCUUUUUUGUUACGAUGUCUCCAGAAAGCGGGUUUUUUUAAGACAAGUGGUGACGCAGUGGUGCCAACUGAGCAGGAGUACCAAGUUGGAGAGCUAUUGUUGCACCAUUUGCAAGUACUACAGUUUAAUGCACACGAGAUUUAUGAAACUUUGUACACUGAAGAGCAUAGAUUGAGGGGUGGUAGGCCUGCGUAUAUCGGGGUUGGGGUUUACCCCACUGUGUCUUUGUUCAACCAUGAGUGCUACCCAGCGGUCACCAGAUAUUUCGUUGGCAAACAUGUAGUCGUUAAAUCUAUUCGACCUCUGGCAGUGGGUGCCACCGUUGCAGAAAAUUACGGCCCUGUUUUCACCCACCACAAACUACUAGAUCGACAACGAUCACUAUCAUCACGUUACUGGUUUAACUGCCAAUGUACAGCGUGCGUCGAGGAUUGGUCCACUAAUGGAUCUUUAGUUAAACGCGUCAGGUGUCCCACGACCAACUGUCAAUGCUUGUUCUCACUCCCUGUCACCGAAAAACAACUGAAGUGCCCGAAAUGUCAAAAAAACGUCUCUCUUGAUGAAAAUAUAAAAAAACUGAGGUGGUGUGAAGAAGAAUAUGAAAAAGGAGCUAAACUCGUUGACUCUAACGAAAAAGACCAAGCUAUUGACGUUUUAUUGGCAGCCAUUGACGUUUUUCACAGGGUGUCGGCGCCCCCUCACAAAGAAACACAUUUGGCUGAAGAAGGUUUACGAGCUUGUCUGGGGGAUUUUGGUAACACGUGUAACUGUUUGGUGAAAUUGUCAUAACUGAUUGACACCGACGUGUUGAUUAAAGUUGUUGACACAAAGUUUGAUUUUUUUUGUUACAUAGGAACAAGUGUUGCCAAUUAUAGCGAUUGGUAAACACUAAGUAUUUACACCGAGUGUUUAUCUUAUCAGGAUCAAGGUUUUCAUUCUUGCUAUAAUUUAGCGUAUGAAUACUUUAAUUAGCGUCAGUGACAUGCUAAUAAUCAUAAUAAUCUCCGUAAAUAAACCCGAGUGCUUUAAUGUUCGUCAUAUUUCAUGAUUAGAGUCAUUACGGGCCAUUACGUCUCAUCUACCAUACGGUAAAAAGCGCACAAGGUAACGAAGCCCUAUUUUACCUUUUAAGGCAACGCGAUUUCCAUAAUAAUGUACAUUCUGACUUGGUCAUGUAUGAAAUGGAAUCUAGAUAAAGGUUUAUUAUGUAAAUUGCUUUAUCCCGUACUCAGAGAUGAAUCGCAAAUAUAAACAGAAAUGGGGAUAGGGCUAUUUAAAUAUUUAUAGGUUUAAUACACCAAAAUGUCAACGUGAAUCAUGGCAACAAGUGAGGCCUUGAUGGAAAGUGUGACGGAAGAAGAGUGAUGCAGUUCAAGUAAAUUUGUACUUGGCCUUGUCACUGAAAGUAAAUUUAGACUUGGGUAAAAAUAUGUCAUGAAAAAUUGGUGGUGGAUGUGGAGUCGUAAACAAAUCUGCUGCCACUUGGAUUAAAAAAAAAUAUAAUCAAGUAACCCCGUUUAAUUAAACUAUACAUAACCUCAAAUUGUGAAAGUUGUUGACGCAGAUGGCGCUGCAAAUUUAAUUUGUCAGGUAUUUUCGCCAAAGUUUGGGAUGCUUGGAAUUCCUCAGUCUGAAAUUAACGCGAAUGUCAAUAAUACAUUUUUAAUGUUCAGUUAUUAAGAAUCUCUUGGCAACUUUGUUGUAAACAGAAAUAAAAGAUUAUGAAUA